UUCGGUUUGUUGCUUAAACACUGGAAGAACAGUUGCUAAAGUAUGGCAUUGAAUAAGUGUGGUUUUGACAAAGUUUUGAAAUUAAAACCCCUUUUAAAACACAGAAACUACCCUUUGGUUGUGUUAGGUUGCAAAUUCUCAACAAGUUCGUCAAGAAAUCUACAUUUCUACAAUAAUGCAGAAGAAGCUGUGAAAGACAUUCCACAUGGUGCAAAACUGCUAGUAGGAGGAUUUGGACUGUGUGGAAUUCCUGAGAACCUGAUAGAUGGUCUUCUGAAGACAGGAAAAAAAGAUUUGACAUGUGUCAGCAAUAAUGCAGGGGUGGAUGACUUUGGUCUUGGCUUGCUUCUUAAAACAAAACAGGUUAAACGGAUGAUUUCCUCAUAUGUUGGGGAGAAUGCUGAAUUUGAACGACAAUACCUUUCAGGAGAAUUGGAGGUGGAACUCACACCUCAGGGAACCCUUGCCGAGAGGAUCAGAGCAGGGGGAGCAGGAAUCCCUGCUUUCUACACCCCUACCGGAUAUGGGACCUUGGUGCAUCAUGGUGGCUCUCCUAUAAAAUACAGCAAGGAUGGGUCCAUUCAAAUUGCUAGCCAACAACGAGAGGCAAGAACGUUUAAUGAUCGUCAGUAUAUCAUGGAAGAGGCCAUCACUGGAGACUUUGCUCUCAUUAAAGCCUUGAAAGCUGACAAGGAAGGGAAUCUUACUUUUAGAAAAACUACAAGAAAUUUCAAUGCACCUAUGGGAAAAGCUGCAAAGUUCACCAUAGCAGAGGUUGAGGAAAUUGUGGAAAGUGGUGAAAUUCCAGAGGAAGAUGUUCAUCUUCCUGGUGUUUAUGUGCAAGGGAUCUUGAAAGGUUCACACUACCAGAAAAGGAUAGAGAGGUUAACUGUGACCCAGGAUGAAGCAGACAAUGACAAACCCAAAUCACCUGGAGCUGAACUCAGAGAAAGAAUCAUAAAAAGAGCAGCUUUGGAGUUCAAGGAUGGAAUGUAUGCAAACCUUGGAAUAGGUAUGCCUAUGUUAGCCAGUAACUACAUACCUGAGGGAAUGAAUGUAGUUUUGCAAAGUGAAAAUGGAGUUCUUGGUCUGGGUCCCUUUCCUAGACCUGGAGAGGUAGAUGCUGACCUCAUCAAUGCAGGUAAAGAAACAGUAACUGUCCUUCCGGGCAGCUCGUACUUUUCCAGUGAUGAAUCGUUUGCCAUGAUCAGAGGAGGUCACAUAGAUAUCACUAUUCUUGGAGCUAUGCAAGUGUCACAGUUCGGAGACAUUGCUAAUUGGAUGAUCCCGGGCAAAAUGGUGAAAGGAAUGGGAGGUGCCAUGGAUUUAGUUUCCAGUGGGUCUAAAGUUAUAGUUACCAUGGAACAUCUGGCAAAGGGAGACAAACAUAAGAUCUUGGAAAAGUGUACACUUCCCUUGACGGGCACAAACUGCGUAAACAUGAUCAUCACCGAAAAGUGCGUAUUUGAAGUAAGUAAAGAGAAUGGUCUCAUACUGACAGAGUUAUGGCCUGGAGUAUCUAUUCAAGAUAUACAAAUUUCCACUGGAUGUACCUUCCAAGUUUCCCCUGACCUAAAGGAAAUGGAACAAAUAUCAUAGACGAGGGAAAUUCCUCGUAAAUGACAUACUAAGUAUUUAAUAAGUUAUUUUUAAAAAGCUAAUGGAAGGGAAAAAUGUAUCCUCCAGGUGUGCUGGCAAGAUAAAGAGAAUCUUGUGUAAUGAAAAAGAACAGGGUCAAGUAUUUUUUAAAAACGUACUCAGAUCUCCCUGAAACACUGGUUGGGAUUACUCAACAACAAGAAAAUAAGUGAAACAUUUUUGUAGAUAAUAUCGAUAGCGAAUAAUUAUUAGAAUAUUUGAUGAUUUCACUGUCCGGUGAAAAAUCGUCAGGACAGUCAAUCCCUGCAGUUAGUACACAAAUAGGAAAGCAAAGUUGCGUAAAAAUGUAUUAUAGCAUGGUUUGUCGAAUGGAACUGAAAUGAAGUGUAGCUGACAUGAAGAUGAGUACAAAUUUAGCUGGUUACAAAUAGUUAGGCAGAAAAAAAUGAUCUUAGCUAGACUGCAAGAAACAUUUGUUGGGAUACCUACUGUCUACCCUUCCCCUCUCAAUGUUGGUCUGUUGGCAUUGAAUGAAGGAGAGGGGCAAAGAACAUCAUGGACCCUCUUUCAGAGCAGUGACGCAACUAAUUAUGUUUAGGAGUGUAAGUAAUCGGUUUAAUGAAAUCAUCUUACGUGCGGUAACUAUUCAAAUAAAUAGCGGGAACAAAGUUGUUACUUACCAUUUCCGUGCUCUAGACAAGUAUGUAAAUCACAACACUAGGGUGAGUACUUUUUUAAAGAUUUUGAAACGUUUCCCGAAAUAAAGUAUCGUUUCCUGA